GUCACGAAGAGAGUAGAAUCUCGCCUUAUCUCCUUUGUAGCAGAAAAGGCUAACUUCCCUGAAAUUCGAGCUCUAAUUUUAACUAAAAAUGGCGAAUCUUAUUUGUUCAGUACAUCCUAUCUCCUUCAAGACCCUCGACAAUCCCAGGCUUAUUAGUGGAAACUUUGCUAAUAGGAAGGUUGAAUGGAUCAAUGAUUGCACCACCAGCUCGAGAAAAGCUAAUUUUGAAGCUCUAAAGGUUAAGGCUACAGACAGCAAACCAAGCACCAAAAGAAAUAGCAUAAUUUGUACUGAUUGUGAGGGUAAUGGUGCUGUAGCAUGUUCACAGUGCAAAGGUUCUGGAAUUAACUCUGUAGAUCACUUCAAUGGACAGUUCAAAGCUGGAACACUGUGUUGGCUUUGCAGGGGUAAAAAGGAGAUUCUGUGUGGUAAUUGUAAUGGCGCAGGCUUCAUUGGUGGUUUUUUGAGCACCCAUGAUGAUUAAAACACAAUGUUGGAUCUUCACUGUACGUUCCAUUUAGUUCCUCUAUGAAUUUAUCUAUCUUGGGCUUACACAGGCAUGGAUGUAGCAGGGUGGAUUACCUUGCAGAAGUUUAAAGACUCAUUACGUAUUUCUGAGAAAAUUUUAAAGUAAUGCAGAAAGAGAUCAAUGUACUUAAUAUCAAUUUCCUUCGUAUUUGCUACAAUUGUUGAAGGAUCAUGAUGGCCAUAAAUCGGCUAGUCAAAACUGUUCAUCAGUUGUUUGUAAUGCACUUGGUAUAUGAAGUUAAGUUAGGUUCAAACAAGAUCGUACUUGUUUUUCCAAUUCUCUGAGGGAAGUACUAUAGCUGCUAGUUUGUUUUCGUGUUAAUAUUUAUGAAUUUCAUUAGAUUAAAUGUUAGAAUGAGUGUGUCCUCGCUCCUUAGUCA